AAUAAUACUGUACGUAAUGCCUUCACCAAUAUGUGUUGUAAUGAGUUGCAAAAGUCGGAAUGGAAUUUCGAAACACCGUUUCCCCAAAAAUGAUUUACCACGAUUUGAAGUGUGGGUUCAGAGGUGUGGUAAUCCAAAAUUACUGACCAUGACACCUGAUCAAAUUUAUAAAAGUUAUUUGGUUUGUGAUCUUCAUUUUGAUACAGAUUGUCAUAGUGAGGGGACAAAAUUACUGAAACGAAAUGCAAUUCCAACAUUAUGUCUACCAGUUUGUGAGUUAAUAAAUUAUUGUGUGAACCAUAUUUAUGUUAAAUGUUUGUGUUAAA